UAGUGGGCAGAAGAAACAUGUGAAUUCUCCAGCGACUGGCUUCUUCUUCCCGAAUGGGAAUGGGCCGCGUGUGGAUGUCGUGUCACCGGCCACGCACGUCUCGCCCCUCCUCCCUCCCGACUAUAUAAACCCCUCCUCUCCCCAUCGCCUCCUCCCUCCCUUCAUCCCCCUCUUCGGCGAGGGCAGCGCACCAUCUUAUCAUAUCAUUAGAUUAGUGCUACUAGUUCCGAUUACCCGCACACAAAGCACUCUCUAUCACUCUUAUCAUAUACCAUCGUCCGGCAUCUAUCAAGCUCCGUAUCGAAGCAAGAAGGGGUGGUCCUUUGAAUCUGGUCGUCGGAGAUGACGGUGACACCGCAGAUCACGGUGAGCGACGGGAGGCUGGCGGUGCGCGGCCGGACGGUGCUCUCCGGCGUGCCGGACAACGUUACCGCGGCGCACGCUUCCGGGGCCGGGCUCGUCGACGGGGCCUUCGUCGGCGCCACGGCCGGCGAGGCCAAGAGCCACCACGUCUUCACCUUCGGGACUCUCCGCGACUGCCGAUUCAUGUGCCUGUUCCGGUUCAAGCUGUGGUGGAUGACGCAGCGGAUGGGCACCUCCGGCCGCGACGUCCCGCUGGAGACCCAAUUCAUCCUCAUCGAGGUCCCUGCCGCCGCCGGCAACGACGACGGCGACAGCGAGCCGGUGUACCUGGUGAUGCUGCCGCUGCUGGAGGGGCAGUUCCGAACGGUGCUCCAGGGCAACGACCAAGACCAGCUCCAGAUCUGCAUCGAGAGCGGGGACAAAGCGGUGCAGACGGAGCAGGGCAUGAACAGCGUGUACAUCCACGCCGGCACCAACCCCUUCGACACCAUCACCCAGGCCGUCAAGGCCGUUGAGAAGCACAUGCAGACGUUCCACCACAGGGAGAAGAAAAAGGUGCCGUCGUUUGUGGACUGGUUCGGGUGGUGCACGUGGGACGCCUUCUACACGGACGUGACGGCCGACGGCGUCAAGCAGGGGCUCCGCAGCCUGGCGGAGGGUGGCGCGCCGCCGCGGUUCCUCAUCAUUGACGACGGCUGGCAGCAGAUCGGCAGCGAGAACAAGGAAGACCCGAGCGUCGCCGUCCAGGAAGGGGCGCAGUUCGCGAGCAGGCUCACCGGCAUCAAGGAGAACACCAAGUUCCAGAGCGAGCAGCAGGAGGAGACCCCGGGGCUGAAGCGGCUGGUGGAGGAGACCAAGAAGGAGCACGGCGUCAAGAGCGUCUACGUCUGGCACGCCAUGGCCGGCUACUGGGGCGGCGUCAAGCCGUCGGCGGCCGGGAUGGAGCACUACGAGUCCGCGCUGGCCUACCCGGUGCAGUCGCCGGGCGUCACCGGCAACCAGCCCGACAUCGUCAUGGACUCGCUCUCCGUGCUCGGCCUCGGCCUCGUGCACCCGCGCAAGGUCUACAGCUUCUACGACGAGCUCCACGCCUACCUGGCCGCCUGCGGCGUCGACGGCGUCAAGGUGGACGUGCAGAACAUCGUGGAGACCCUCGGCGCCGGCCACGGCGGCCGCGUCGCGCUCACACGCGCCUACCACCGCGCGCUCGAGGCCUCCGUCGCCCGCAACUUCCCCGACAACGGAUGCAUCUCCUGCAUGUGCCACAACACCGACAUGCUCUACAGCGCCAAGCAGACCGCCGUCGUGCGCGCCUCCGACGACUUCUACCCGCGCGACCCGGCGUCGCACACCGUCCACAUCUCCUCCGUCGCUUACAACACGCUCUUCCUCGGCGAGUUCAUGCAGCCCGACUGGGACAUGUUCCAUAGCCUGCACCCGGCGGCGGAGUACCACGGCGCGGCGAGGGCCAUCGGCGGCUGCCCCAUUUAUGUCAGCGACAAGCCAGGGAACCACAACUUCGACCUUCUCAAGAAGCUGGUGCUCCCCGACGGCUCCGUGCUCCGCGCACAGCUCCCCGGCAGGCCCACGCGCGACUGCCUCUUCUCCGACCCGGCGCGCGACGGUGCCAGCUUGCUCAAGAUAUGGAACAUGAACAAGUGCGCCGGCGUGGUGGGGGUGUUCAACUGCCAGGGCGCGGGGUGGUGUCGCGUCGUCAAAAAGACAAGGAUCCACGACGAGGCGCCCGGGACGCUCACCGGCUCGGUGCGCGCCGAGGACGUGGAGGGCAUCACCCAGGCCACCGGCACCGACGACUGCACCGGCGACGCCGUGGUGUACACGCACCGGGCGGGGGAGCUCGUGCGGCUGCCCCGGGGCGCCACCCUGCCGGUGACGCUCAAGAGGCUCGAAUACGAGCUGUUCCACGUGUGCCCCGUCCGCGCCGUGGCGCCGGACAUCUCGUUCGCGCCCAUCGGGUUGCUCCACAUGUUCAAUGCCGGCGGUGCCGUCGAGGAGUGCGUCGUCAGGACGAACGAGGACGACAAGGCCGUUGUGGCGCUCAGGGUGCGCGGCUGCGGCCGGUUCGGCGCCUACUGCUCGCGGAGGCCGGCGAAAUGCUCCCUCGACUCGGCUGACGUGGAGUUCGGCUACGACGCCGACACGGGGCUCGUCACGGUCGACGUGCCGGUCCCGGAGGAGGAGAUGUACCGGUGGACGCUGGAGAUUCGGGUCUAGGCUGGCAUGCUCGUGUUCACGAUCACGGGGCUGGCUGAGGCGAUCUCAGCCGUUGGAUUAUUUCUUUCCAUUGUUGGUGCCUAUAGUGCUUAAGAGAGAUUGAUCGAGAGAUAAAUAUUGCCAUGUAGAGAGAUUAUGCUUUGCUCUAUCAUUGUGGCAAAUGCAAUAAUGUAUCCCUUCUGUACUAUCAUUAAGAUUUGAAUGAAUGCAAUAAAGGAUGGUGCUCCUUGUAAA